AUGGCGGAAAGAUCUCACGAAUUAGAUGUUGAUGCCAUAUUAGAUAAAUUGCUAUCGGUACGAAGUAAUCCAGGAAAACAAGUUCAAAUUCCAGAAAGUCAAAUCAGGCUAUUAUGUCAAGUUUCUCGCCAACUAUUUCUACAGCAACCUAUGCUUGUCUCUGUUAAUGCGCCAGUUAAUAUUUGUGGUGAUAUCCAUGGUCAAUAUGAAGAUCUUUUAAGGCAUUUCGAUAAAUUAGGCUAUCCACCGGACUCCAGUUACCUAUUCCUUGGUGAUUACGUUGAUCGGGGAAAAAGAUCGUUAGAAACUAUCUGCUUAAUAUUAGCAUAUAAAGUCAAGUAUCCAGAUAAACUAUAUUUACUCCGCGGGAAUCAUGAAUGCGCUGGCAUCAAUCGCAUUUACGGAUUUUAUGACGAAUGUAAACGGCGCUAUAACAUCAAGUUAUGGAAGACAUUUACCGAUUGUUUUAAUUGUUUACCAAUUGCCGCUUUAGUGGAAAACACAAUAUUUUGUACUCAUGGUGGAUUAUCGCCUGCGUUAGAUGAACUUGAGCAAAUUGUCGAAACAGAAAGACCACUAGAUGUACCUGAUCACGGCUUAGUUUGCGAUUUACUGUGGUCAGAUCCAGACGAAGAUAUCACUGGUUGGGGAGAAAAUGAUCGUGGUGUUUCAUUUACAUUUGGAGGCGAUGUUGUCGAAGAAUUUUUAACCAAGCAUGAUUGUAGUCUAAUCUGUAGAGCUCAUCAGGUUGUAGAAGAUGGAUAUCAAUUCUUUCAUAAGAGAAAGCUAGUAACACUGUUUAGCGCUCCAAAUUACUGUGGAGAAUUUGAUAACGCUGCUGCAGCUAUGAAUGUGACUAAAGACUUGUUAUGCUCAUUUAGCAUACUAAAGGUAAUUUCUUUGAUAUUUCUAUUUGCGUAA